UCUCCUGGCAACGUUGACCUUGUCCUUGUUCUGCUUUGGAGGAUUGGAUUUGAAGAAACCCUAAACUAAGGAGAGACAAACCCACCCGCAGUAAUUUUGUCUUUCUUCACAUUUCACUCUGCAACCAAAUCCACUAUUAAUGGAUAUAUAUUUUCCUUAUACAGUUCAUUCCUUUCUUGAUUCUUACUUUAUCUGAAUUUUUAAUUAGAUACGCUGAGAGGUUGGAGAUUAACCGCUAAUCUCUCUCUGGUUCAGCUAUAUUAAUAAAGAAAAUAAGAUUCUCUUGUUUGGGAUUCGUUCUCAGUCUUAUAGCUAUAAGUAUUUUGUAAAGUUGUUUGAUGAUUAAAAAGAAGAGGCUUUGAUUGAAAUCAAAAUCCAAGUUUUCAUUUAAAGCUUUGAUUUUGAAGGUUUUUCGAUUGUUUCUCUGUCAAUUUGUGAGAUGGGAAAGCCGACCGGAAAGAAGAAGACCUCCGCAUCAACGAUAACCGGUGACGCCAACGGUAAGCCAAGCAAGGCGGAUCGAACGUCAAAGACAUUCGAUGAAGACACAGCAAUCUUUAUUAACAUGUCUCAAGAGCUUAAAGAAGAAGGGAACAAGCUCUUUCAGAAGCAUGACCAUGAAGGCGCCAUGUUAAAGUACGAGAAAGCUGUCAAGCUACUUCCCAAAAAUCACAUCGAUGUCGCCUAUCUUCGAACCAAUAUGGCCGCUUGCUACAUGCAAAUGGGUUUAGGUGAGUAUCCUCGAGCUAUCAAUGAGUGUAAUUUAGCUUUAGAGGUUUCGCCCAAGUAUAGCAAAGCCUUGUUGAAAAGGGCAAAGUGUUAUGAGUCUUUGAAUAGAUUGGAUUUAGCUCUGAGAGACGUGAAUAAUGUUUUGAGCAUGGAACCCAAUAACUUGACGGGAUUGGAGAUAUUGGAGAGUAUUAAAAAGGCUAUGAUUGAGAAGGGUAUUAAUUUUGAUGAGAAAUUAGUUGAGUUGGCUAAUGUAGAGGAGGGUGAUGCCUCCCGUUUGCGGAGGGUGGUGAAGGAGAAGCUAAAGAAAAAGAAGAAGAAUGAUAAAGUAGUAGGAAAAAGUGUGGAGGAUAAUGAUAAGGUGGUUGUGGAGGAGAAGAAGGUGAGUGCUGUUAUUAAGGAUAAACAGGUGGUCAUGAAGACCAUUGAGGCAGAGAAAGUGGUUACAAAGGAAGUUAAGGAGGAGAAAGUGGUUACAAAGGAAGUUAAGGAGGAGAAAGUGGUUACAAAGGAUGUCAAGGAGGAGAAAGUGGUUGUGAAGGAUAUUAAGGAGGAGAAAGCGAUUACCAAGACAGUGAAGUUAGUGUUUGGUGAGGAUAUCAGGUGGGCGCAAUUUCCUGUGAAUUGUGGUAUUGGACUUCUCAGGGAUAUAGUUAGAGAUAGAUAUCCUGGCUUGAAGGGUGUUCUUGUGAAAUAUAGGGACCCCGAAGGUGAUUUAAUUACAAUUACUACUACGGAGGAGCUAAGAUUGGCUGAAUCAUCAGGCGAUUCUCAAGGUUCACUUAGGUUCUAUGUCGUUGAAGUCAGUCCUGAUCAAGAACCAGCUUACGGGGGGAUGAAAAUUGAAGAGGAGGUGCACAAGAUUGAUGUAAAAUCAAGUGGUGCUGUUGAGAAUGGGAAUUUAGGGAAGGGUCAAGAAAUAGACAAGGAACCAAUUUCCAUUGAUGAUUGGAUUGUCCAGUUUGCACGAUUGUUCAAGAACCAUGUUGGCUUUGAUUCUGAUUCAUACUUGGAUCUUCAUGAACUAGGCAUGAAAUUAUACUCAGAGGCAAUGGAAGACACUGUAACUAGUGAAGAAGCACAGGAACUUUUUGACAUUGCUGCAGAUAAGUUCCAAGAGAUGGCUGCUUUGGCUUUGUUUAAUUGGGGUAAUGUCCAUAUGUCCAGGGCAAGGAAACGGGUGUUCUUUUCUGAAGAUGGUUCCAGGGAGUCUAUACUUGCACAGGUUAAGAACGCAUAUGAUUGGGCAAGGAAAGAAUAUGUGAAGGCAGGAGAAAAAUACCAAGAAGCUUUAAAAAUUAAACCAGAUUUCUAUGAAGGUCUUCUUGCACUUGGGCAACAGCAGUUUGAGCAAGCAAAGCUUUGUUGGCAUCAUGCUAUUGGAAGCAAGCUGGAUCUAGACAAUGGGCCUUCUGAGGAGGUCCUUGAUCUUUAUAACAAGGCUGAGGACAGCAUGGAGAAGGGAAUGCAGAUGUGGGAAGAAAUGGCAGAGCAGCGUCUAAACGGGCUUUCUAAAUUUGACAAAUAUAAAGAGCAGUUGCAGAAAUUGGGGUUAGAUGGGCUAUUAAAAGAUAUACCUGCUGAAGAAGCAGUGGAGCAGGCAGGAAAUAUGAGUGCACAGAUAUAUCUCUUGUGGGGCACCAUGCUUUAUGAGCGUUCUGUUGUGGAAUAUAAGCUUGAGCUACCAACAUGGGAAGAAUGUUUAGAGGUUGCAGUUGAGAAGUUUGAACUUGCUGGUGCUUCUCCAACAGAUAUAGCUGUAAUGAUAAAGAACCAUUGUUCCAAUGAAACUGCACUUGAAGGUUUGGGGUUCAAAAUUGAUGAGAUUGUGCAAGCAUGGAAUGAAAUGUAUGAUGUCAAGAGAUGGGAGACCGGUAUUCCAUCCUUCAGGCUGGAGCCAUUGUUCCGUCGCCGGGUUCCAAAACUUCAUCAUUUAUUGGAGAACGUUUGAUUUUUAGUUGCUGCUAGUUGAUUAUUCUUUGUGAGCAUUGGCAAUGCUUCAGUUAUCAAUUUUUCAUUUUCCAGAUGUUACAUUGCUAUCAAUUAAGAUAGGUAAGAUUAUGUUGCUCAGCCUUUCGAAUUAGGGAACUCCAUUACUGCAUAAUCUUCUAUUGUUUGGCAUAAAUGGUCUCAUUGAUACUGCAUGAUUUAGUUAUAUUGAUGCAGUAUAAUUUAAUUAUAUCAAACUAAGAUGUACUGGACUGCGUCUUACAAUUGCUCACAGGAUAAUAAACUUGAUUUCAGAUUUCAAAUUAUAUGAGAAUUUGUGGAGAAAUGACAAAUUUAGUAAGCUUAUUCUUUAUCAGGACAAGAUUUUUAGUUGAGAUUUACUGAUUAACAUAUAUGUGGGGAAUGGAAAUUCUGGUGUACAGA